AUGAACACUGGUAAAGCAAUCAGAACACUGAUCAACAGUGCAUCAAUGCUCCAAAAGAGCACUGGAAGACCAAUCACUAGAUCAUUCUGUUCCUCCACACAUGAGACUCGUCCACCAAUCACAGAGUUCACACCAGAGGAGAACAUGCUUAGAGAUACUGUGGCAAAGUUCUCGUUGGAGCGUGUCAAGCCAUUGGUCAAGGAGAUGGACGUCAAGUCUGAACUCAACAUGGGCCUGUUCAAAGAGUGCUUUGACAAUGGUCUGAUGGGCAUUGAGAUCCCCGAGCAGUACAACGGCACAGGUCUCAACUUUAUGUCAUCGAUCAUCAUCAUUGAGGAGUUGGCCAAGGUGGACCCAGCACUCUCUGUGAUCGUCGACGUCCAGAACACAUUGAUCAACAACUGCAUCAAGCGCUACGGCAACGAAGAGCAGAAGGCCAAGUACCUGCCCAAGCUGGCCACCGAGAUGGUGGGCAGCUUCUGUCUGUCCGAGACCAGCGCCGGCUCCGACGCCUUCUCGCUCAAGACGCGCGCAGAGAAGCAAGGCGACUACUACGUGAUCAACGGCUCAAAGGCCUGGAUCACCAACGCCAAAGAGGCUGGCGUGUACAUUGUCAUGGCCAACAUCGACCCGGCCUCCAAGCAUCGCGGCAUCACCGCGUUCCUGGUGGACCGCAACACACCCGGCCUCGAGAUCGGCAAGAAGGAGGACAAGAUGGGCAUCCGCGCGAGCUCAACCUGCGAGGUCAUCUUCAACGACGUCAAGGUGCACAAGUCGGCCGUGCUGGGCGAGUUGGGCAAGGGCUACAAGAUCGCCAUCGAGGGGCUGAACGAGGGCCGCAUCGGAAUCGCCGCGCAGAUGAUCGGUCUGGCGCAGGGCGCCUUCGACUCGACCAUGCCCUACCUGAUGCAGCGCACACAGUUUGGCAAGCCGCUGGCCGAGUUCCAGGGCAUGCAGUUCUCCUACGCCGACCUGGCCGUCGACAUUGAGGCCGGCAAGCUGCUCACAUACAACGCCGCUCGUUUGCAAGAGGCUGGCAAGCCAUUUGUCACCGAGGCGUCGAUGGCCAAGCUGUAUUGCUCACGUGUUGCCGAGCGCGUCGCAUCGACCUGCAUCACCAUGCUUGGUGGUGUUGGCUUUACCAAAGAGUUUGACGCUGAGAAGUUCUUCCGUGAUUGCAAGGUUGGACAGAUAUACGAGGGCACUACCAACAUGCAACUACAAGUCAUUGCCAGGUCGAUCAUGGCCAAGUACAAGUAA